GGCCCCAUCAAAAUGAAAUUUUACAGUUGCGUCCUCCACCUUUGAGCGCACCAGGACUGAAUCAAAUCUAGGGUUAGGGUUCGAGGUUGCUUUGCUUACGAAGAAAUGGAGGGUUGGGACCCCAACACCAAAUCCACACUGACCCAAAUCCCUCUUCUGACGACGAAAGCUGGGCCAAGGGACGGAGCGGCAUGGACGCAGAGGCUGAAGGAGGAGUACAAGUCUCUGAUCGCCUACACCCAGAUGAAUAAGUCUAAUGACAAUGAUUGGUUCCGGAUCUCCGCGGCCAAUCCCGAGGGGACUCGUUGGACCGGCAAAUGCUGGUAUGUCCACAACCUCCUCAAGUACGAGUUCGACCUCCAAUUCGAUAUCCCCAUCACUUACCCCUCCACCGCCCCCGAGCUCGAGCUCCCCCAGCUCGACGGCAAGACCCAGAAGAUGUAUAGAGGGGGGAAGAUCUGCUUGACCGUGCAUUUCAAGCCGCUUUGGGCAAAGAACUGUCCCAGGUUUGGCAUAGCGCAUGCACUCUGCUUGGGUCUUGCACCGUGGCUUGCUGCAGAGGUUCCCAUUCUUGUGGAUUCUGGUAUGAUUAAGCACAAGGAUGAUGCAACCUCAUCCAGUGAAACUUAGUAAUCUUGUGCAAAAAUGUUGAGGGCUGUAGAUCUAAACAUUGAGUUCAAAAGUUCAUAUAGCUUUUAUAGCUUGCUCGUUCAAUGAAAAUAAUCGUUGAGGCAUAAUAGUCUCAUUAA